UUAUGAUUGUUUUCCUUCGAUGUUUAACUUCUACUUCUAGUGGCGUUUACAUAUAGAAGUAUGAUUUUUCUUUUAUAUAUGCACAUUGUUAGGCCUUACGUGUGAUACAAUAUGGAAAUUAUUAGUUUUUUAUUAUUAAUACUUUUUUUGUAACACCGUUUGUGAAAAACGGUGCCUUAAUUUUUCUGAACUUUAAAGUUUAACUUUCAACUUUAAGUUUCGAAAAUACGUUCUUUGACGUCUGAGUUUGGGUCGACUGUUAGUGUUACAACUUACAGUUUGAUUCGUUUGGACUGGGAAGUUUGAUGGUGCAGGAAGGGAAAAGUAUUUUCACAGGAGAUGGAAGGAGUUUUGUGGAAAUGGACCAACUACUGGAAUGGUUGGCAACCACGAUGGUUUGUACUCGAUAAUGGCAUUUUGGCCUACUACAAGUCUCAGGAAGAAGUCAAUCAAGGGUGUAAAGGCUCGGUUAGAUUAUCAGCUUGUGAGAUUGCAGUACACCAGACUGAUCAAAAACGUCUUGACUUGGUGAUCCCUUCUGAACAACAUUUUUACCUACGAGCAUCAUCUCCACAAGAACGACAGCAGUGGCUGGUUGCCUUGGGAAGUGCCAAAGCUGCUCUCAGUUCCCAGCAAAAGUCACCAGCAGGCAAGGCAGGGCCAGAUAAUCUAAAGAUGAAAAAAUCGGAGUUGAGGCUUUACUGUGACCUCCUGAUGCAGCAGGUUCACACAAUAACAUCGUCAGUUCAAGAACAAGAUGUUGCACCUGAUGUGGAGAAAAUGAAUGAAGCUGCUGAACUGCUGAGUGCCACUUGUGACACCUUUAUUAAAACUCUAGAGGACUGUAUGAAAAUUUCUAAUGCCAGUUUCACGUAUGAACUUCCUCAUCAACAUGUUAAAGAUUCGGCUCUACCUUCAGAAACUGCUGCUAUCCCCGUUGGGCCACCCGUUGUUCCUACUUCAUUACAAAACACAAAGAAGGCCAACAAAUUGCCAGUAGGUGUUACAAGAUCCAAUUCAUCUGAUAGGUAAGCCUUCAAAAGUGACAUCCCAUUGUUGACCCUUUAUUAAACCUGCCAAUCACUUCAUAACUUCGUAGAAUGACAUGUAUUGAUAUUGAAACCAUCAUCGUUUUGAUCACACCAAUUGUUACUGAUUGAAGUAAUCUACACUUUUUUCUAGCCAGUGUCUUCUGUUGACAUUUUUUUUUAAGUUGUACCAAAUUUUAUAGUGAUGAGAAAUAACUCUUGGGGAAUUUUCGUUUUGGUUUUGAUGCAAAGAAGAUUUUGUCAAUCAGAAUGCGAGUAAGUGAUAUAUAUUUACAGAUGUUUGGGUAGGUUUAUGUUUGUAAUGGGAAUCAGGGUCUUGUUUAGAGUAGUCAUUGUACCAUAUUUAGAUAGAUGAACAUGUAAACAAGUAUACUGAGCAAAGUAGAAGUAAUUUUGGUUAAUUUUCAAGCUUUUAUAAAGCCUUGAAUUUACAGCUAUGAUUUAUGGUGACUUUGUGAGAAUGUUUGCCAUUGUCUUAGUGUAGUUGUACCACAAUAUCUUGUUUGUUUACUUGUAUUUUUUAAACUAAUUAUCUUACCCAGAAUAAUAUAUUGUUUGAAUGAACAUGGCUGAUGUUUGAGAAUGUUGGAGAAUAAGAUUUAAACUUCUGAUAAAAUUUAAGUUAUUCUUUCAAUCAAACAAUGGUCUGACCUGUUUGACCAGUCCAUCUGAAUAAUCUUAUAUUUUAUAUAGUAGUUGUAUUAGUUUUUUCUGUCUGUGUUUUUGAAUUGGUGGGAACUAGUAUUUAAAUGUGGGAAAUAUGUCCACAGUGGGAAACAUUGCAUAAUUUUAGAUUGUUGAGAAUAACUUCUCCCAAAAAGCUCUACAGCAAAGAGAAAAAAAGGGCUGAUACAUUAAAAAAGUGUGUCAUCUGUAAAAUUAAACACGAAGAUUCAUCUUGUAUUAGAAACAAAAUUCUGUCAUUUAACUUGAGCCUGAAGGAGAACAAAUCAAUGUAACAUACUGCAGUACAGUGUACAUUAGGCCUUAGUUCCAUCUUGUUACUUAUGUGAAAAUAGAUGAAUGUUACUCAUAUGACAACAUAAAAAAAAAAGUGUUCUUUUUUGUCUCCAUCCAACACUUCUGCACCAACACUGGAAGUCCUGACAAGUUAAAAAUGGAUGACAUUUUGAUUACUCAGUAUAUUUCUAGGUGUAGAUGAGUUAAGCAUUGAUGUUAACUUGGUGUUAUUAAAAUGAAGAGCUGUCUGUUAACAACACAAUAAAAAAUGUUCCUCUCUCUCUUUCUUUCAAAAUUAAUCUUUGUUUGUUUUCAGUAUCUUUUGGUAAUUGAAAGCUAAAUAUUUCAUUGCAAGAACACAAACAUAAGCUAUUGUUGGAGCAGUAAUUCUUAGUAUAAAUAGCUUCCGUUUUGAAUUACCCAUUGUUGUUAAGAAUACAAUUAAUUUAAUCCAUAUGGAUUUUGUGUGCUGUCAUGUAGUAAUUCUAGCAUGUGAACAGUCCAAAGGAGCAAUUGAUUCCUGACAGCUGUUACAAUGUCUCGGGUGAUGCUAAACAGGUUUUCUUGUUCCCACAGUACACACACACAAAUUUGGCCACAUGCUUAGGUGAGCCCUUACGAGUUCUCGUGAACUUUUCAUUAUCCCAGUGGAUUAUUAUCAAGGUUAGAAAGUGUUAGCAAGUUUGGCUUGAGUUAUUCUUCAUGAACCUUCCAGUGGAUCAAGAUUAGGAAGUGGGAGUGGCACACAUAUUUCACUUGUGGUGUUUUUCCUUUUGAAAGUGCAACAGAAUUAGGCUGAAAUGUUGUACACAGAAGGUAAAUUCAGCCAGUGGAGAUUUGAACUGCUGAUGUAGCAUUUGAUGUGGUCUAUGGCAGUCCAGCUUUCUCCAUUAUGUUCAAUAAGUUGAUGUGAAUCCAUCCAAGUUUGUGAAUGACAGUCAAGGUACCACUCUUAUUAAAAAGUUUUAUUUCUCUGAAGAAGUGAAGUACUUUUCCACUUUCAUCAACACUUCUGUUCGUUUGAGGAUCAUUGUUGACCAUUUGUAGAGCCUAAUGAAUCAUCACCAGGGAAGGGCCUAGAGCAGAUAUAUAUAUGAAACAGCACAGAUCUGUGAAGUAGUAUUAUAAAAUGGUUAAGAGUCAUAUGAAUCAUCACCAGGGAAGGGCCCAGAGCAGAUACAGUAACAUAUGAAACAGCACUGAUCCACUAAGUAUUAUCAUAAAAUGGUUGCUGCAGUGGCACCAGCUGGUCCAGUUGUUUCCAUUCAAAUCUAAUAUCAUGUAAGUUGGUAUAAGUAAAGUGUGCUGCACAAUUUUAAUAGCAGCUUUUUUUUGUUUGAGUUGAUAAUCUGAAAUGUAUAAUUUCAUCUAUUUGGAAUGUCUAGAAGAAGUUGUUGCUCCGGAAGGUCCUUUUCCUUUUGAACUCUUGGAAACAUUUUGUAGGUUUGGCAGCUGUGGUUGAAGUGCUUACAAGAUCGUGACAUUGACACACAACUUCACUGAUUCCUCUGACUGACACACGGACCAUAUUUAAUUGCCAGCACUUUGUCAACAAGCUUCUCUGUGUUGUGACCAGUAAAUGGAAUAGCACCCAGCAUCAGACUCUACAGGACCCCCACUUGUAGUGGACAGUUAAGGAUAUGUAUGGCUGAAUACACUUGAUCUCCAUGUAUCAAAUAUUUUGCAAUAACUGUCAAUACCAUGUUGCACAUUUUCUGCCUUUUUUUUUUCACUCUACAACAGUGAAAUAUCUGCAUCCAUAGUCUUACAUAAAGGUACAAUAAACCUGGGCUUCAGUGUAAACGAGUAUUGCAAAUCUUAACAUUUCUUGCAAAAUUCUUAUGUAAUCUUGAGGCUGUUCUUUUUGUAAUACGAAGUGGAUCGGAAAUUAAUUGAGAUAAAGGACUCGUUAUGGCCCUCUGGUGUAACGAUGGUGCUAUUACCAUUGGGUUUGUUAUGACUUGUUUUAUUUGACCAGUCAAUGCCCCCUUUUCCCAAAAUUUCCCUGGGAAACAUUGUUAUGAUAGAGAAUUUAUGCACAGUUAGUUAUCAACACAAUCUAAAACUGAAUUUACAGUAUCAAAGAAUGAAUUAAACAAAUAUAUAAUGAUUUCAAUAAACAGUAAUAUAGUGUAUAAUAUUUUAUUUCCUAUGGCAUAACGAUUCCAAGACAACUACAGACGGGUUACAAUUGACAUUCAUUGAAAUACAAUAAAACAGAUUAAACUUGAAAUCCCAUAUAACACGAGUUGUAAGAUUUCUUUAAACGUUUAGUGUAAUAACUUUCAGCAGGAAGACUGGUGAAAAUCAACCAAAGGAAAUAUUUCCUCUCAACAGAUUAAAUGUAUAAGUUAAAACUGGUAUCAGUGAUAGUUUCUAAAUGAAUUAAGAAAACAGACGAAUAAUGGGGUCAUUUGCAUCCUUGAUAGCUAAAUUAAUAAAAAAGUAAGUAAAUAAAGUACCACAAAAAAUACCGAGUUACAUUCAUCAAA